UCUGACAGAUUGUCAAAAAAUCUCGAAUUCGUUUUUCCAAUGUUGGAGAUAUUUGAGUGAUUGUUGAUCAGAGCUGCAACUAAAACAAGGAUCUUUAGGAUUUUUUAUUUUCAUGUGAUGACAAGAUGGCCAGUUUGACUGGAUACGAUGUUAUUAUAAGUUUUCUUGUUGUCUUUUUUGGACAAUUUUUCUUCUCACUGGCCCAGGUCCCCCAAUGGGAUAACCUUGCGCGGUUCAAACCCACGGGCUCUUACCCGACGGCUUGGAAGAAGGGUGCCGAGACCUACUACUCUUACUGGGCUGUUGACGGGGACAGGGAGCAUGACGACGCCCAUCGUAGGAGUUGUUUCGUCACCACCUCCUCAGAGUACGGGUACGCGUACUUCUGGGUCGAUCUUGGCGCGCAACAUGACAUAAGGGAGGUCAUUAUCGCCAACAGAAAGCAGCAACCCGCUAAGACUUUGAACAAACAGUUAGGAGGAGUUGACCUGCUGAAGAACUUUCAAAUCCUCGUAACGGAUAAGCUAACAACAGACGCGAAAUAUCAGGGCCAAUUCCUCUCCGCGCACAAUUUCUCCGUGUGUUCCGUCCAAGGGGAGCAACCCUUCCGGGCGUCAGAGGUGAAGCAAUUCCCGUGUGAGGCGAAGUGUCGGGGUCGGUAUCUGGUCAUAUUCAAGACGGCACCCAAGGAUGAGCAGUUCCCGCUCUGCGAGGUUGAGGUCUACGACCAGAAUAGUUACACCAACGUAGCCCUGAAUAAACCAAGCACCAUGUACAGUCAUUACAAAGGUCACAAGACUUUCGGGUUUGAUGUUUCCCGAAAGGCAAACGACGGCCAGCAUGGUUAUUUGGACUCGGACGGAACCUGUAUCCAUUCUUCCAACGCCGGUAACAUCCAGACAGAAUACUGGAUGGUGGACCUGCUCAAGUCGCAGAGAGUGAGGAGAAUCGUCACCGUCAAUAGAGGCGAUCGGGGAACAGGCGGCUAUUUCCGAAAGUUCAAAUAUGCCAUUCUGAAAGAUGUGCAUCCCUGGCUCCUGGACAUGAAUGAUUACUUUGUUUGCUACCAUCGGACGACCUACCUCCGGGACGCUGAAAUCAUCGAGGCGAACUGUCCGUAUGAAGCUGUGGGGCGGUACGUCAUGCUGUAUAAGUACGACGCUGCAAGCAACGCCUUAUUGAUGUGUGAGAUGGAAGUGUAUGGAGCACCAGUUGUUGAUGAGAACAUUGCCUUGAAUAAGCCGACUGAAAUGAGCGGAGAGAUUGGUCGCAGUGUGAAGACGUCAGGUAAAGCAGUGGAUGGGAUAAUGGCAAGGAAGUGGGGCGCGGGCUCCUGUAUUCGGACGCCAGGGACCGACACCACCGAAUGGUGGGCAGUCGACCUCCUCGAUCUCUACAAGAUACGUAACGUGGUUGUGGUCAACAGAGGCGAAGAGGCAACAUGUAUUCAGUUCAUGGGUACCAGCGUCUAUAUAAUGAAAGUGAAAGACUCCCAGCUCUCCGCGUCCUCAGAGCUUCAAAAUUGGAAGAAAGAAAGAGGAAGGCUGUACAACAAUGAGAUGGUAUAUAGAUAUGAUGCUUGGUGUCCAAAGACUAAGGCUUCAACAGAAUAUUACCAAGUCGAUUUCAUCAAUACUGUGCUUUUGACAGGCUUUACAAUUCAAGGUGGUUAUUACACUUUCGUGUACGAGGUCUACGUCGCAUACAGCGAAGAUGGAAAAACUUUCAAGUAUAUAAUGGAUGCAAGCGGAAAGAACAAAUUGGUUAUGCCUGGUGCCCCCAAUCAUUUCUUCUAUAUGAGAACAGUGUGGUUCCCAAAGGCACUCUUGGCGAAGAAGAUCCGAAUCCACCCAGUGGCCCUCAAGUUCGUCAGGUGGCCAUGCCUUAGGGUGGACUUCCAUGGCUGUUAUAAUACUGAAAACAACUUCAAGAAUGUGAAGAUUAAGACAGUAAAGUCGAUGGCGGAGUACCACACGAAAUCCUCCAAGGUACAGACCUGCCAUGACCAGACUGAGCCUUUCCCGCCAGGGUACAUGCGACCCCUCGAGUGUAAGGAUAGACCACUCGGCCGUUACGUAAUCGUCGAGAAGACUGCCCCAAAGCAGAAACUUGAGAUGUGCGAGUUUGAAGUUUACGGAGAUCGUUUUGAUGGAAACCUGGCCUAUCGCAAGACAACCAAGCAAAGUUCCACCUACUGGAAAUGGGACUCCAAACUUGCUGUUGACGGUAAUCGGGCCUCUAACAUGACGCGAUACCAGUCCUGCUCGCAGACGCUGAGCAAGCCGCAGUCCACGUGCACGGCAAGUGGCUCAAACUGGUGGAUGGUGGAUAUGGAGGAGAGUUAUGAGAUCGGCAGGGUUGUUGUGGUCUCAAACGCUGGAUGCUGCGGUAACUGCCUCCAGAAGUUCCAAAUCCUCCUCACUGAUACCUUCGACGAUAAAAACCUCACCAGCAGCACUUAUAAAACCUGCCAUUUCUACGAGGGGAAGUUAGAGGCGGCACAGGUCAAGACCGUCUACUGCAACCCCGAUGCUAGAGGACGCUACCUGGUGAUCUUCGCACCCGCCAGUUAUCAGCUGACCCUUUGUGAAGUUGAGGUAUUCGAAAGGUUUCAAUUUGGCGACAACUUGGCUCUUGGCAAGCCUACCGACCAGAGCAGCAACAAGGACCUGAGCCUGGGACAUUCCCUCUUGGCCGUGGACGGUCGCCGUUUGACUGACUACAAGCUAGGGUCGUGCACGAUGACCGGAGGGAAGACCGACGACGCUUGGUGGCAUGUUGAUCUACAAGAUGAGUACAGGAUACGAAAGCUUGUCAUUGUGAACCGGGGCGACGCACUAUCCGAGAGACUCCGAAACUUUAAAGUGGCUAUCACGAAAAUCCACAGACCUUUCGAACUGAGCAAAGUGCCGUCAGAGCUCUGCCACUCCCAAUCUGCACCUCUGGCGGCUAGUGAGGUCAAGGUCAUCUACUGCACAAACCGACCAAUCGGAAGACACAUUACAAUUAUCAAGUCACAGGCGGUUGGAGAACCACUGACAUUAUGCGAGGUUGAGGUCUACGGGACGCCUAAAGAAAACAACUUGGCCUGGAAGAAGCCAACCUCCACGAGCAGUGACCUAGCGGCUGCGACUCACCAAAAGUCUGCGGACGGUAAAGCCUCUCCGUACUACUUUGAUGGGACUUGCUCGACUACGCUGAAAAACCUCCUCGUUCAGUGGUGGAGGGUUGACCUUGGCAAGGUGUACGAUGUUGAAAGGGUUCUCAUUACAAACAGGGUGGAUUGUUGUGCACACUACCUACGUUCCUACCGAGUGAAACUAUUCGACGUCUGGAAUCCGUUCUUCCCUCUCCACAACCCUCACCGGCUCUGCAGCGACCGACGCGACAUCAAGCAUACCGGGGGAGAUAUCAUACAACUGAAGUGCAACCGUGAGACCAGGGGGCGUUACCUGUCCGUUUGGAAGACAGACACCCUGGGAGAACCCUUGGUACUUUGUGAAGUCGAGGUGUACGGGAAUGAGAGGAUGCCUUCUGCUUCCACCAACCUCGCCCUCGGUAAACCAACGCAACAAAAUGCACUGGUAAAGCAUGCUGUUGGGACAUCUGCAGUCGUGGUUGAUGGCAAAUCCGAUCUUGAUAAUCCCAGCGCGUGCACCAAGACGCCUGGAAUCCAGACGACGGAAUGGGUGAUGGUUGACCUUGCCAAGGUCACCAAUGUCACGAAAGUUGACAUGUUAAUGGGACACGGAUGCUGUGACAAAAAACAAACGUUGACAGCGGCGCUUAUGGAUACUUUCGACCCGGAAGAACUCAAUAAGAUCUCUUCGAACGCCUACGUCACAUCCUCCUCUCCUUCACCGACUUCGGCGACGACCGGGUCUUCAAUGGUUGACAUCUGCGGGUCGUACGAAGGGACCAUUUCGCAAGGGCAGUGGUUGACUAUUUGGUGUACCCCGGGGGUUAUGGGGAGAUAUCUGUACAUCCUGAAAAAUCCGGCCAAGAAAGAACCACUAAACCUGUGUGAGGUCAGGGCGUUUUCAGACCCUCCGCCUCCAACCACAUCAAGAAAGAAGAGAGAUUUGGGCGGGAUUCGUUUGCCGUCGUUCCUAGCCAACGCGGAUGGCAUGGCCGACUUCAUGACUAUCAAUUAACAACAAUAACAACAAGGAGUCACAUGACUGCGAGCCAAUAGGAUCUCUUCAAGUCAUCUUUCAUGUCUUUGGCACUAGACUUUGUACAUUUUUGUGGUAAAUAAAACAAAUAUUCCGAAGCUUUUGGGAACCUCGGCUUUCCAAGGCAGCAACACGGCACGCAUUUUAUCUGAAGAUGAUGUAUUAUAUAUUCCGAUAUUUGUUUUCUGUGCGAUUGCUUAUAUAACCUGUGAGUGUGACAAGAUAGGCUACUGUGUGUACAAUGAACGAUUGUGAAAUAAACUGAUUGAAAAUCA